GGCAGGGAUCGAGGCAGCAUGAAGGCGUCCGGCACUCUAAGGGAGUACAAAGUCAUCGGGCGCAGUCUGCCUACUGCUAAGGCACCUGUUCCACCUCUUUACCGUAUGCGAAUUUUCGCACCCAACCAUGUUGUUGCAAAGUCUCGUUUUUGGUAUUUUGUGUCUCAACUGAAAAAGAUGAAGAAGGCAUCUGGAGAGAUUGUAUACUGUGGACAAGUUUUUGAGAAAUCACCACUAAAAGUGAAGAACUUUGGCAUCUGGCUACGCUAUGACUCCCGUAGUGGAACACACAAUAUGUACAGAGAGUAUAGAGACUUGACUACAGCUGGUGCUGUGACACAGUGCUACCGUGACAUGGGUGCUCGCCAUCGUGCUCGUGCCCAUGCUAUUCAGAUCAUGAAGGUUGAGGUGAUUCCUGCCAACAAGUGUCGCAGACCUGCCAUCAAGCAGUUCCACGACUCAAAGAUCAAGUUCCCUCUACCACACAGGGUUCUGCGUCGCCAGCACAAGCCCCGCUUCACCACCAAGAGACCAAACACCUUCUUUUAA